CUGGUGGAGGUUGGACUGUGUUUCAAAGACGUCAAGAUGGAAGUGUAGACUUUUAUCGAAAUUGGAAAAACUAUACACAAGGAUUUGGUAAUGUUACUUCUGAAUUCUGGCUUGGAUUGGAUAAAAUAUACCGACUAACAUCAGCCAAGAGAAAUAAACUUCGUGUUGACCUGGGAGACUGGUUAGGAAACAAAACAUAUGCUGAAUAUGAUUAUUUUGCUGUAAAGAAUGAAACACAUAAAUAUCAGUUGAGUCUUGGUGCAUAUUCUGUGGUGGAUUAACGAACCAUUUGUUUCUGUGCUCUCUGCCACCUGAGUAUGCAAAUUCAAAUCCUGAUGGUGUGAACAAAGCACUGCUUCGGCUAUAUGGUGCAUUCUAUGCAGAUUUGCCUGACAACAAUGUUCGCAUGAUGGAGGAAUGCAUCAUUUGUGGCCUUUUAGCUGAACAAAAGAUGGCCCCAGAGUUGUAUGGUAUAUUUCCUGAAGGAAGACUUGAACAGUUUAUUCCUAAUGUUCGAGCAUUGACUAGUCGGGAAAUCCAGUAUCCUCGUUUAUCACAACAAAUAGCUGAGCAUGUUGCUGCGUUUCAUAAGCUAAAACUUCCUCUCUCAAAGGAAGGAACUUGGUUUUUGGAUUCACUUCAAAUAUUUGUGAAGGAAAUUAAAGGUCUUAAAUUUUCCAAUGUUGAUAAAUUAAAGAUCUUGGAUGAAAUUUUUCAUAAAUUUGACAUUGAUGAAAUUCUCAAAUUUAUCAGAGGCAUAAUCAAUUCGACAUUACGUUAA